UUGCGCCACCAGCAUGAAGGAAGCCACUGAAAACCUCUCUCUGGACGGUGCCGGCUGGAGCCAGGUGGCACACGAGGGCUUGCCGACCAAUGCCCAGGAUACUAUUUUUUGCUCUGAAGAAGAUAACAGCCUGUAUUUCACAUACAGUGGAAAAUCAAAUGUUCUCGAGGUCAAAGAACUCAACUACCAGGUUAACACAGCAUCCCAGAUUCCCUGGUAUGAAAACCUUGCGCACAUGAAAAUGCCCUGGACAUGGAAAUCAGAUCCCCAUUCUCAUGUGUCAAUAAUCCAGAAUCUGAAUUUAAAAGUUCAAAGUGGUCAGAUGCUAGCUAUUAUAGGAAGCACUGCUGGUGGAAAGACAUCCUUGCUUGAUGUAAUAACCUGCCGGGACCAUGGAGGCAAAAUCAAGUCCGGUCAAAUCAAGAUCAAUAACAAACCCAGCACUCCCCAGCUUGUUAGGAAAUGCAUAGCACAUGUGCGGCAGGAUGACCGACUGCUCCCUCACCUGACUGUCAGAGAAACAUUAUUGUUCGUUGCCAAACUGCGCCUUCCAAAGUUUUUUUCAGACUCGCAAAGGAAAAAAAGGGUAGAAGACGUCAUAGCAGAACUACGAUUGCGUCAGUGUGCAAACACCAGGGUAGGGAACGAGUAUCUCCGUGGUGUUUCAGGAGGUGAGAGGCGGAGGGUGAGCAUCGGUGUGCAGCUCCUCUGGAACCCAGGAAUACUCAUACUUGAUGAACCCACAUCUGGACUGGACAGUUUUACUGCACAUAACCUUGUGAUAACGUUAUCCAGACUGGCCAGAGGAAACAGAUUAGUUCUUCUUUCACUUCAUCAGCCCCGGUCAGAUAUCUUCCAACUGUUUGAUUUAGUUCUUCUGAUGACUUCUGGAGUCACUGUCUAUUGUGGAACAGCUAGAGACAUGGUACAAUAUUUCACAGAACUAGGCUAUCCCUGCCCAAGGUACAGCAAUCCUGCGGAUUUCUAUGUUGACUUGACCACUAUCGAUAAACAGACUGCAGAAAAGGAGAUGGAAAGCCAAGAAAGAGCAAAUACUCUUGCCAACUUGUUCCUAGAAAAAGUCAAAGAUUUUGAUGAUUUCUUAUGGAAAGUUACUGAAGGAGACAAUGUUGCAACUAGAUUCAGCAAAGAAAGGUCCCAUUUAAAUUCAGAAGAGGCCAUCAACAUGCCUCACCAUUCAAGUGAUCAGUUACCAGGAGUCUUAAAGCAGUUCACUAUAUUAUUAAGUCGUCAAGUUUCCAAUGACUUCAGAGAUCUUUCAACGUUAUUAAUCCAUGGAUUUGAGGCCCUUCUCAUGUCAUUAUUAAUCGGAUUUUUGUACUAUGGCCAUGAGAAAACCAGACUCUCUAUUCGUGACACAACAGCCCUGUUGUACAUGAUAGGUGCACUAAUCCCAUUCACAGUGAUUUUGGAUGUUAUUGCCAAAUGUCAUUCAGAGAGAGCUAUGCUUUAUCAUGACUUGGAAGGUGGAAUGUACUCUGUUAGCCCGUACUUCUUUGCUAAGAUUUUAGGGGAGCUCCCAGAACACUGUGCUUUUGUUAUAAUUUAUGGGUUUCCUAUCUACUGGCUAGCAAACCUUGUUCCUGAACCAGAACAUUUUCUGCUGAACUUACUCUCGGUGUGGCUGGCUGUGUACAGUGCCCGCGCGAUGGCACUUUGGGUGGCAGCACUGCUGCCAACAUUACAGCUCUCAGCCUUCUUUGGCAACGUCCUUUUCACAUCAUUCUACCUGAGCGGUGGUUUUGUGAUAAGCCUGGAAAGCCUCUGGACAGUUCCAUUUUGGGUUUCCAAAAUCUCUUUUCUCAGAUGGAAUUUUCAAAGCAUGAUGCAAAUCCAGUUCAAUGACUUCACAUAUGAAAUGACUGUUGGAAAUACUACUUUUCAAAUACCAGGGGAACUUGUCACCGAGGCUCUGGACCUGAACUCCCACCCUCUCUACGUCAGCUACCUGGUCCUCGCUGGCAUCGUUUGCAGCUUCCUGCUUCUGUACUACUUAUCUCUGAGAUUCAUCAAGCAGAAAUCAAGCCAAGACUGGUAACAGCAGACCAGGCAGAGGGGGCAGCAGGUUGCGGCGGCCCCCGGCAGCCCCCAGGGACACCCCCCGGGUGCUUCUGUCCCCCGGCAGGCGGGCGGGGCGCAGGCGGGCGGCCGCCACAGGGUGGCAGCAGAACUCCAGCACUGGGACUGACUGCAGCCCUGGGGGGGGGGGAGGUUUGGGGGGCUGGUUGGUUGGUUGGACACUGGGAUUUUACAGGUGACAAGACACUUAUGAGUUCUUCACACCCUGAAACAUUCUGAGAUUUGGGCCACCGAUUUGUAAGGACCCAGCCCACACUGUAGGAGCUGAUGUUUUCGCCUGGCACGUUCGAACACAGGGCGAUCACAUACCGAAUUCGGAGCAGGGCUGGCACGCACAGAACGCUACUUUCCGUCGCAUGUAUAACAUGCAGCACUCGUAAGAACAGUGUAGAGGAAAGCAGCACUGAAGGUUUCACUGAUGCGCCAGGACAACACACAAAGAUGGAAAACCCAACUGUUAACUAUUCUGUGUCAUUUCUAAUUGCUUAUCUGUUUAAAGCUCUGCCUUUGUGUUCCAGUUAGAUGCUGUUCAUGCCCUAAACGGGUAUUUACUCACCAGGUAAUAAAGAAAAACAUCGCACCUUCUUGGAUUUAUUUUUAAAGUAUAACUAGAAUAGUAUCAGAAAACAGUUUCAGUUGGAAGGGACCUUUAAAGGUCGUCUAAUCCAUAAUCACGUAUUUCUCCGUGGCAAUACAAAUCACAGCAACGAGCCAAGUUUGGUUCCUAAGAUUCUCAGGUAGAAGAUACCAAACAGACCCUUUGAUAAUUAAAAAUCUAAUGAUGCAAUCUGUGAAAAGCUUGUAAUUGUGCACCUAGUUAUGCUCAGCCAUAAGACACAAAUGCCUAGAAAACGAGUAACAGUAAAUGAAUGGCUGUUAAUUCACACACAGACAUGGUAAGUGCAUGUGCAAAUUAGGUGUACAGGCAUUGUGAGCAUAGGAUUAGCUUGCUUCAUUUUAACUGUUUGGAUGCGUACCUCUGUGCUUAUACCCACAGACCCAAAGUACAUCAGAGUCUACUUACAUGUUGCAUGCAGUGGAAAAAUCCUAGUGUAAUCGGCUAUAAUGCCCCAGAUACUGUUAUGUAAAUCCCUCUUCCUUUAUUAUUAUUUUUAAUAAAUAAGCAUGAAAGUA